GCGAGAGCAGCUGUAUGCGGUAACAGCAUCUCCUAUACGAGAGGAAGAAGUCUUUGCUGGCGGACUCGGGUGCGCCGCUUUUUCCUCCGUCUCUCGCAUGUGUCCUAAGCGCGAUAGGGGAGUCUUUGCCUGCGGGAGCCAUGUCUGAAAACGGCUCCUCGUCCGCCCCCAUCCCGAACGGUGAGGGCGCCUCCCGGCACCCUGGCAACAAAGUGACCGUAGUCCUUGGGGCACAAUGGGGCGACGAGGGCAAAGGAAAAGUGGUGGAUCUGCUGGCGCAGGACGCGGACAUCGUCUGCAGGUGCCAGGGAGGCAACAAUGCUGGACAUACUGUUGUGGUGGAUUCUGUGGAAUAUGACUUUCAUCUCUUACCAAGUGGCAUCAUCAAUCCAAAAGUCACUGCAUUUAUUGGAAAUGGUGUGGUAAUUCACUUACCAGGGUUGUUUGAAGAAGCAGAGAAAAAUGUUAAAAAAGGAAAAGGAUUAGAAGGCUGGGAAAAAAGACUAAUUAUAUCUGACAGGGCUCAUAUUGUAUUUGACUUCCAUCAAGCUGCUGAUGGCAUUGAAGAACAACAAAGGCAAGAACAAGCAGGAAAGAACUUGGGAACUACAAAAAAGGGAAUUGGUCCAGUGUAUUCCUCUAAAGCAGCUCGAAGUGGGCUCAGAAUGUGUGAUCUAGUUUCUGACUUCAAUGAAUUUUCAGAAAGAUUCAAAGUCUUGGCCAACCAGUACAAGUCUAUCUACCCUACUUUAGCGAUAGACAUUGAAGGAGAAUUGAAAAGACUCAAGGGUUACAUUGAAAGGAUCAAACCAAUGGUGAGGGAUGGUGUAUAUUUUAUGUAUGAAGCUUUGCAUGGCCCACCAAAGAAAAUCUUAGUAGAGGGUGCCAAUGCAGCACUGCUGGACAUUGAUUUUGGUACCUACCCUUUUGUGACCUCAUCAAAUUGUACUGUGGGAGGUGUUUGCACUGGCUUGGGCAUGCCACCUCAAAAUGUUGGAGAAGUAUAUGGUGUUGUGAAAGCCUACACUACUAGAGUCGGAAUUGGUGCCUUUCCUACAGAACAAGACAAUGAAACAGGAGAACUGCUGCAGACACGAGGAAAGGAGGUUGGUGUGACCACAGGUCGUAAAAGAAGAUGUGGCUGGUUGGAUCUUGUAUUGCUUAGAUAUGCCCACAUGAUCAAUGGAUUUACUGCAUUGGCUCUUACCAAAUUGGACAUUUUGGAUGUAUUUCCAGAAAUUAAAGUUGGUAUUGCUUACAAAAUAAAUGAUAAAAUGAUACCUCAUUUUCCAGCAAACCAGGAAAUCUUAAAUAAAGUAGAGGUACAAUAUGAGACACUUCCAGGAUGGAACACAGACAUAUCAAAUGCAAGGACGUUUGAUGAUCUUCCUGUACAUGCACAAAACUAUGUUCGAUUUAUAGAAAUGGAGCUAGGUGUUCCAGUGAAAUGGAUUGGAGUAGGAAAGUCCAGAGAGUCAAUGAUCCAGCUCAUCUAAAGAUACUGGAUUCUUGGAAGAAAGCACACUCCUCAAAGAGAUGGCUCACUCCUUUUUUUUCUUUCUCCUUAUCAUAGCCCACAGACUGUGACUUUUGGAAGGAUGGGCCUUGUAUGUUAAAGAGCUAUAGACAAAGAGCUGUAAACAACAACUGCUCCUUUAUAAAGUUUUUGGCAUUUGUCAGUAUCAUUUCUUAUCGCUUCACAAAUUCCAGAACAUUUGUCACAGUUGCCACCAUUUGUCUUGCUGCCUACAGAUUUUUCUUUCAGAUGUUUAU